UAGUGACUAUAUAAGCGCCAGGUGACCCUUCCAUCCUGGACACAAGCUAAACGACAGCAUUAAAACCAGCAGCUGUUCCAGGUCGGGUCCUAGAAAAGUUAUUCUUUCAGUAGCCAUCAUAACAAGAUUUUGUGUCCACACCCUCCUGCUUGAUAACUGCUACAUCCAGUAAAAUCUCACAACACCAACCAUGACGUAUCACUCAUCUUCCCUUUUUAUAAGUGGUGUGGUUGUGGUGUUCUCCGUACUGUUGUACACUUGUAUAGGUAAACCGUGUCCAGAGGAAGUCACGUGCACAAAGUUUGGCUAUGUGGUAUUCGAUAAGGUAACAAGUGAGUCAGCGGUGUGCCUAGCUAAUGGCGCCAAGCCUCUUUGUUUAGGCACUGAUGACAAAGGAAUUUAUUUACCUACCACGACCUCAAUUUCUGGUACCACGACCUCAAUUUCUGGUACCACGACCUCAAUUUCUGGUACCACGACCUCAAUUUAUGGUACCACGACCUCAAUUUCUGGUACCACGACCUCAAUUUCUGGUACCACGACCUCAAUUUCUGCUACCACCGCCACAACCGUGCCUAGCUGUGGAGUGGCAUCGUGUACGACUAAAGGAGUGUUUGCCUACCCUGAGUGUAAGUGUGAGAAGUACUAUAUUUGUAGCAGAGCUGCGUCAGGCUCAGGCCGCCUCGUCCUCCGUAGGUACACUUGUACUGGUGGUAAAGUGUUCCAUAUAAAAACUUUAUCUUGCGUAACCAACACUCUUGUCUGUCCAUAUACUCAGGGCUGAUUCUGAGCCGUACUCUUAUGUACGAAAAUUUAUUUUCUUGUUAAGCUAAGAUAACUGAGAGCUAAGAAAGUAUGUUUUCUUGUUAAGGUAAGAUAGCUGAGAGCUAAGAAUGUAUAUUUUCUUGUGAAGGUAAGAUAGCUGAGAGCUAAGAAUGUAUAUUUACUUGUUAAGGUAAGAUAGCUGAGAGCUAAGAAUGUAUAUUUACUUGUUAAGGUAAGAUAGCUGAGAGCUAAGAAUGUAUAUUUACUUGUUAAGGUAAGAUA